AUGGCGUCUGCCGGAGCCGUGACGUCGGCGAUGGUGCUGCAGGUCCUGUCGGCGGCCGUGGCCGUGUCCGGGCUCCCGGCGAUCAACGUGACAACGAUGGCGUUCGAGGAGGGGUACACGCCUCUGUUCGGUCAGGACAAUAUCCUCCGCUCCGCCGACGACCGCACCGUCAGCCUCCUCCUCGACCGCUCCACCGGUUCGGGGUUCAUCUCGUCGUCCAUGUACCAGCACGGCUUCUUCAGCGCGUCCAUCAAGCUCCCCUCCGACUACACCGCCGGCGUCGUCGUCGCCUUCUAUACGUCCAACGGCGACGUGUUUGAGAAGCGUCACGACGAGCUGGACUUCGAGUUCCUGGGCAACAUCCGGGGCAAGCCGUGGCGCGUGCAGACCAACGUGUACGGCAACGGCAGCGUCAGCCGAGGGCGCGAGGAGCGGUACGUGCUCCCCUUCGACCCCACCACCGAGUUCCACCGCUACUCCAUCCUCUGGACCACCUCCGCCGUCGCCUUCUACGUCGACGACAUCCCCGUCCGCGAGGUCCGCCGCUCGGCCGCCAUGGGCGGCGACUUCCCCUCCAAGCCCAUGUCUCUGUACGCCACCGUCUGGGACGCCUCCACCUGGGCCACCUCGGGGGGCCGGUACCGCGUCAACUACCGCUACGGGCCCUUCGUCGCGUCCUUCACCGACCUCGCGCUCGUCGGCUGCCCCGUCGGCCCCAUCCAGAUGGUCUCUGCCGCCGACACGGAGCGGUGCGCCGCGGCCGAGGAGGCGCUGCGGGCGUCGGAGCCGGCGGUGAUGACAGUGGAGAAGCAGCAGGAGAUGCGGCGGUUCAGGGAGCACAACAUGGUGUACUCCUACUGCUACGACACGCUGCGGUACCCCGUGCCGUUCCCGGAAUGCGACGUCGUGGAGUCGGAGCGGAGGAGGUUCAAGGACAGCGGCCACCUCCGGUUCGCGCUCCGGCGGCAGCAGCGCCGCCGCGGCCGGGGUGCCGGAAGGGCGGUGAAUAAGCAGGCGGCGGAUAUGUAGCAAAACGAGGGAUGU